GGCCCGCGGAGGCGGCGCUGACCCGGCGAGCGGAGCGGCCCCCGGCCAUGGGCAGCGUCGGCCCCCGCCCGCAGCGAGGCCACCGGCAGAUGUGCUGAUGUCUGCUCCUUGCAAAGACCUGACCCACCUGAGGCUGGCAGAUGCACAGAUGUGAGCGUGAAUCCCCAGUAAAAGGGCCACGUCCCCACAGCCAGGAUACCCCAGUCCUCACAACGUUCAGGAGUCAUACCACUGCGUGCAGGAACAUUGAAUGAGUGAGAGAGACAUACAGAACCUGAGCAAAUGGGUUUUUGUGCUCAGCCUCUGCCUUACCACGCUGUGGGGACGACUGACGCUGGCCUCCACGCAUCACCACAGAAGCCAUUCAGUGCACGUAGAGCCCGGCACAUGCGAAGUCAUUGCAGCUCACCGGUGCUGCAACAAGAACAAGAUCGAGGAGCGCUCGCAGACGGUGAAAUGCUCCUGUUUCCCAGGGCAGGUGGCAGGGACAACGAGGGCAGCUCCCUCCUGUGUGGAUGCCUCCAUCGUGCUGCAGAAGUGGUGGUGCCAGAUGGAGCCGUGUCUGGAUGGGGAAGAGUGCAAAGUGCUGCCUGACCUCUCGGGAUGGAGCUGCAGCAGUGGCAACAAAGUGAAGACGACCAAGGUCACUCGAUAGCCUCCGUGCCGCGUGGCACUGGCUGACCAGCCUUGGCGUGGGUCCUGGCGCUGCCAUGAGCAGCAGGACGUGGCCCAGUGCCUGCAGAGGUGGGAUGCUCCAGGGCCACCAUCCUGCACCCGUCAGUGGGACUGUGACAGCUGCUGGAUCAGAGCACAUGCUGAGCCCCAGCUUCCCUGGAGGCUGCAGGCAGGGACCCCAUUGCGACUGCCAGAAUCCCCUCACUCCACGGUUUCCUCCUCUUCUCUGGACACAUCCUCCUAAAUAAAAUACUCCCACUAUGGAA